AUGGCCAGCUCGGCGCGAGACCAUCUGCUCUUCGUGCGGCGUCGCAACCCGCAGUUACGAUACACCCUGAGCCCGGAGAACCUGCAGAGUUUGGCGUCGCAGGGCACCAUGGCCGAGAACAUGAACUUGCAGCGGGCCAACAGCGAUACCGACCUGGUGACCUCGGAGAGCAGGUCUAGUCUCACAGCCAGUAUGUACGAAUACACCUUGGGGCAGUCGCAGAACCUCAUCAUCUUCUGGGAUAUUAAAGAGGAGGUCGACCCAACCGACUGGAUAGGACUUUAUCAUAUAGAUGAGAACUCUCCAGCAAAUUUCUGGGACUCCAAGAAUCGGGGAGUGACUGGCACCCAGAAGGGACAAAUUGUAUGGCGAAUUGAACCGGGCCCGUAUUUUAUGGAAUCUGAAAUAAAGAUCUGUUUCAAAUACUACCAUGGUGUUAGUGGAGCCCUCCGAGCUACUACUCCAUGUAUCACUGUGAAAAACCCUGCUGUGAUGAUGGGAGUAGAAGGCAUGGAUGAAGGUGCUUCUGGAGCCCAGCACUCUCGGAAGUUAGUCAGCUUUACCCUUUCAGAUAUUAGGGCAGUUGGACUUAAAAAAGGCAUGUUCUUCAACCCUGAUCCCUAUCUAAAGAUGUCCAUUCAGCCGGGCAAGAAGAGUACGUUUCCCACAUUUGCUCAUCACGGUCAGGAAAGAAGGUCGACUAUCAUCAGUAACACAACUAAUCCUAUUUGGCACAGAGAGAAAUAUUCUUUUGUUGCACUUCUAACAGAUGUCCUGGAAAUUGAGGUUAAAGACAAAUUUGCCAAGAGUCGUCCUAUCAUCAAGCGCUUUCUCGGGAAGUUAACCAUACCAGUUCAGAGGCUAUUGGAGAGACAUGCCAUUGGAGACCAGAUUCUCAGCUAUAAUCUUGGCAGAAGGCUCCCAGCUGAUCAUGUCAGUGGCUACCUCCAGUUCAAAGUGGAAAUCACAUCGUCUGUCCAUGAAGAUGCUUCACCAGAAACAGUGGGCACUUUGCUGGGAGUGAACUCUGUCAAUGGGGACUUGGGGAGCCCCUCUGAUGACGAGGACAUGCCAGCAGGACAUCAUGAUACAUCCACAGUAUGUUCCAAUGGGCCAGUCCUUGAGGAAUCUUCCGGAGAAGCAAUUCCCAAACACCCUUUAAGGACUAGUGCGACCCUGGAAACAGACCAGGAUGAGUUAACCUCUACUGCUUCAAGAUCAUCACCUACCAGAGGUCGCCAGGACUCUCUGAAUGACUAUCUGGAUGCAAUAGAACACAAUAAUCAUCCCAGACCUGGGACAUCUGCCUGCGGUGAGCGUCCCCUUGGGGCCUCCCCAAAACUGAGGAGUAGCUUCCCUACUGACACAAGACUUAAUGCUAUGCUUCACAUUGACUCGGAUGAAGAAGAGCAUGAGCUACACCAAGACCUGGGCUUUCCGUCCUCCUUGGACGAUGAGGGUGGUUUAGUAAUGCUUAAUGGUGCUACAAGAAAUGCUGAAAGAAAUGGUUCAAGUUACUCAUCAGAUCAGAUAAUGCAAGGGCCUGCAGAGAAUGAAAAUGCUUCAGCCUCUGAAGCUCCUUUGCAAUCAGCUGAUGACCAGCAAGAGACUCUCCAAGAGCUUCCUUCAUCCCAGGUGGCAGGAGAUGAAAGCCUGCAAGACUCUCGAAGCGAAACACCAGCAGAACAGAGUGGCAGUGAGUUAUGUGCUGCUCAGGAGGCAGAGCAGCCUCCUGGCAGCGUGGACUCGGGAGCUGCCGAUGCUGCUGCUGGGAGCAGAAGAGGUGCUAGUGAAACUGAAUCCAUCGACCAAGGGUCUGAACCUUCCCAGGUGUCAUCAGAAACUGAGCAGAGCGACCCUGCUCGCACGGAAAGUGUGAGUGAGGCUAGUACCAGGCCAGAAGGGGAGAGUGAUGUGGAAGGGGCAGACAGCUCUUGCAAUGAAGGUGCCACGGUGCAGCGCUCCUCCGUUGAAACACGGUGCGCUUCUUUUGAAAGCGCCAGGUUUCCGGAGACCCCAGCCUUUACUUCUCAGGAAGAGGAAGAGGGCGCUUGUGGCACUGAUGUGGCCAGAACUGAGGCUGUUGCUGAAACACAGGCCGCUGCAAAUGCUUCUGGCUCUUUACCUGCAGUACAGGUCCCUCAGGAGGAGGUGCAGGAGGCUGAAGCAGCUGAAUUACAAGACCAAGAGGAAGCAGAAGAAAUUUGGCAACGGAGGAGUAGCCUGCAGGCGGCAGCUGCCAGUAGCCAGUCUCAAGAUGAAGAAACUGAAGGAGCCCAAGCAGCUUGUGAGGGUGCUACAGCAGAGCUGGAAGGAGCUACUGGAGGUGCUCAAGCCAAUGGCCAUCAGCCCUUGAGGUCGCUGCCUUCAGUACGUCAGGAUGUUAGCCGCUACCAGAGAGUGGACGAGGCUCUGCCACCAAACUGGGAGGCUCGGAUCGACAGCCACGGGCGGAUUUUUUAUGUGGACCACGUGAACAGGACCACGACGUGGCAGCGGCCCACAGCCCCCCCGGCCCCGCAGAUUCUCCAGAGGUCAAAUUCCAUCCAGCAGAUGGAACAGCUGAAUCGCCGGUACCAGAGUAUCCGAAGAACAAUGACUAAUGACAGGCCUGAAGAGCACACAAAUGCCAUGGAUGGAGCUGGAGAAGAGACGGAUUUUCACCAUUCGAACGCAGAUUUUCGGAGAGAGAACGUGCUGCCUCACUCUACCUCCAGGUCCAGACUUACGUUAUUGCUCCAGUCUCCCCCUGUGAAAUUCCUGAUCAGCCCAGAGUUCUUCACAGUGCUGCAUUCUAACCCCAGUGCCUACCGCAUGUUUACAAGUAACACGUGUUUGAAGCACAUGAUCACCAAAGUCCGGCGGGACACCCACCACUUCGAGCGCUACCAGCACAACCGUGAUUUGGUGGCCUUCCUCAACAUGUUUGCCAACAAGCAGCUGGAGCUGCCGCGAGGCUGGGAAAUGAAACACGACCACCAGGGCAAGGCCUUCUUCGUUGACCACAAUUCCCGAACGACCACGUUCAUCGACCCACGGCUGCCCUUGCAGAGCAGCAGGCCCACGAGCGCGCUGGUCCAUCGGCAGCACCUGACCAGGCAGCGCAGCCACAGCGCCGGAGAGGUUGGAGAGGACUCCCGUCAUUCAGGACCACCGGUUUUACCAAGACCAUCCAGUACGUUUAAUACCGUCAGCAGAGCUCAGUACCAGGACAUGGUUCCAGUGGCUUACAAUGACAAGAUCGUUGCAUUUUUGCGACAGCCCAAUAUCUUUGAAAUUCUACAAGAGCGUCAACCAGACCUUACCAGGAAUCAUUCACUCAGGGAGAAGAUCCAGUUCAUCCGGACAGAGGGAACCCCUGGGCUGGUGCGUCUGUCCGGCGACGCCGACCUCGUCAUGCUGCUCAGCUUGUUUGAAGAGGAGAUAAUGUCAUAUGUGCCGCCACAUGCCUUACUUCAUCCCAGUUAUUGCCAGUCCCCGAGAGGCUCGCCGGUGUCUUCACCUCAGAACUCUCCAGGUACUCAGCGUGCCAAUGCCCGGGCUCCAGCUCCUUACAAAAGAGAUUUUGAAGCCAAGUUGAGGAACUUUUAUAGGAAGUUGGAGACUAAAGGAUAUGGACAAGGCCCAGGGAAAUUGAAAUUAAUCAUCAGAAGAGACCACUUGCUGGAAGAUGCCUUUAACCAGAUUAUGGGUUACUCAAGAAAAGACCUGCAGAGAAAUAAGCUCUAUGUCACAUUUGUUGGGGAAGAAGGGCUGGACUACAGUGGACCUUCAAGAGAGUUUUUUUUCCUAGUGUCUAGAGAGCUCUUCAACCCAUACUAUGGUUUGUUUGAGUAUUCAGCCAACGAUACCUACACAGUACAAAUAAGUCCUAUGUCUGCUUUUGUAGACAAUCACCAUGAGUGGUUCAGGUUUAGUGGUCGAAUCCUUGGUCUUGCUCUGAUACAUCAGUAUUUACUUGAUGCCUUCUUUACACGGCCCUUUUAUAAAGCUCUCCUCCGAAUACUCUGCGACCUGAGUGACCUGGAAUACCUUGAUGAGGAAUUUCACCAGAGCCUGCAAUGGAUGAAGGACAAUGAUAUACACGAUAUCCUGGAUCUGACAUUCACUGUGAAUGAAGAAGUUUUUGGGCAGAUCACAGAACGAGAGUUAAAGCCAGGAGGUGCCAACAUCGCAGUCACUGAGAAGAACAAGAAGGAAUAUAUAGAAAGAAUGGUGAAAUGGAGAAUUGAGAGAGGGGUUGUGCAACAGACAGAAAGUCUAGUUCGUGGUUUCUAUGAGGUCGUUGAUGCCAGGCUCGUGUCCGUAUUUGAUGCCAGAGAACUGGAACUGGUCAUAGCUGGAACAGCAGAAAUAGACCUGAGUGACUGGAGAAAUAACACAGAAUAUAGAGGAGGUUAUCAUGACAAUCACAUUGUAAUUCGGUGGUUCUGGGCUGCUGUGGAAAGAUUCAACAAUGAACAACGACUAAGACUUUUACAGUUCGUUACAGGCACGUCCAGCAUCCCGUACGAGGGCUUCGCCUCCCUGCGGGGGAGCAACGGUCCGAGGAGGUUCUGCGUGGAGAAGUGGGGGAAGAUCACGGCUCUGCCGAGGGCUCACACUUGUUUCAAUCGUCUGGACCUUCCCCCUUACCCAUCCUUCUCUAUGUUAUACGAGAAGCUGUUGACAGCAGUGGAAGAGACGAGUACCUUUGGCCUCGAGUGA